AUGCCGUUUGGUCUGAAAAACGCGGGUGCUACGUACCAGCGCAUGAUGCAGAAGUGUCUAGCAACACAGAUAGGCAAAAACGUACAAGUGUACAUUGAUGAUGUGGUUAUCACCACAAAGAGCGAAUCGUCCCUACUCGACGAUCUGCGAGAAAUGUUCGACAACCUCAACAGGUUCCGUAUCAAACUUAACCCGACAAAAUGCUCUUUUGGUGUUCCUGCAGGAGAACUUCUGGGAUACCUGGUAUCAGCAAGAGGCAUAGAAGCAAACCCCGAGAAAAUCGAGGCUAUCCUGACAAUGAAAAAGCCAACAAAGCUAAAAGAAGUCCAGCAACUAGCAGUACCACCAGGUGUUUUCUGGGAGGAAAUCAGUGAGCGGUCAAUAAAACCUAAAAAGAAAAAAUCAUCACAGAAGCAGAAGGGUGAGAAGCCGCAGGAAGAUUCGGGGGCUGCAUCGGCCACCGAGGCGAUAGAUUUAGAAGAGGAGGAGGAACACGAAGUAAUGAUGAUUGAAGCACCAUGGAUGCAAUCAUACUUAGCAUAUCUGGUAAAUAAGGAAAUCCCAGCAGAUCCAGUCGAAGCCCGUCGAGUCAUACGACGGUCAAAAGCUUUCACAGUAAUCAAGGGUGAACUAUACAAACGCAGCAUAUCGGGUGUCCUCCAACGCUGCGUCACACCCGAAGAAGGGAGAACCAUACUUAAGGACAUCCAUGAGGGCAUAUGUGGACACCACGCAAGCAGUCGAGCAAUCGCAGCUAAAGCCUUUCGGGUAGGAUUUUAUUGGCUCACAGCGGUCGAAGACACGAAGAACAUCGUGCGCACCUGCGACGCCUAUCAAAGAUUCGCAUCCAAACCACACGCUCCAGCAGCUGAGUUAACACCAAUUCCUUUGGCAUGGCCUUUUGCCCAAUGGGGGCUCGAUAUGGUGGGCAAGUUACAUAAGUCAUGGCCUGGAGGACAUGUUUACCUCCUGGUCGUAGUCGAUAGAUUUACAAAGUGGAUUGAAGCAAAGCCAGUAACUUCGGCAGAUGCAACAGCGACACUGAAUUUCAUCAAGGACAUCGUGUUCCGCUUCGGAGUACCAAACAGCAUAGUCACGGACAAUGGCUCCAAUUUCACAUCAAGGGAGUUCAAGGACUACUGUGAAGGGCUAGGAAUAAAACUUAACUUCGCAUCAGUUGCUCACCCUCAAACUAACGGUCAAGUCGAAAAAGCUAAUGGACUUAUCUGCAACGGCAUAAAGAAGAGACUACUUUCGCCACUCGAAAAAGCAAGGCACGCUUGGGUCGAUGAAUUACCCUCCGUGCUGUGGAGCUUACGCACAACUCCAAACGCGGCUCAAGAAACACCUUUCUUCCUGGUCCACGGCGCUGAAGCCGUGCUUCUAGUCGAACUAGAACAUGAUUCCCCUCGAGUCAUAGAAUAUGAAGAAGAAGCUUCACAAAAAGCUCUUGAAGAUGAUGUAGAUGCAGCCGACGAAGCAAGAGACGUUGUACUCUCCCGAGUAAAUGCAUACCAGCAGAACUUGAAAAAUUAUCAUAGUCAAAGACUCCAUCCCCGCUCUUUUGCGGCCGGAGAUCUGGUUCUUCGCCUCAAGUAG